AUGCUCGGCGAGCGCGCCGCGCACUUCAUCAAGCAGCGCUGGCUGCCCGCCGCCGCGCCCGAUGUGAGUACUGCCCCCCCCGCGCCCGAUGUGAGUACUGCCCCCCCCGCGCCCUCCGGCAACACCAACGCGCCCGCCGUCAUGCUCGGCGAGCGCGCCGCGCACUUCAUCAAGCAGCGCUGGCUGCCCGCCGCCGCGCCCGAUGUGAGUACUGCCCCCCCCGCGCCCGAUGUGAGUACUGCCCCCCCCGCGCCCUCCGGCAACACCAACGCGCCCGCCGUCAUGCUCGGCGAGCGCGCCGCGCACUUCAUCAAGCAGCGCUGGCUGCCCGCCGCCGCGCCCGAUGUGAGUACUGCCCCCCCCGCGCCCGAUGUGAGUACUGCCCCCCCCGCGCCCUCCGGCAACACCAACGCGCCCGCCGUCAUGCUCGGCGAGCGCGCCGCGCACUUCAUCAAGCAGCGCUGGCUGCCCGCCGCCGCGCCCGAUGUGAGUACUGCCCCCCCCGCGCCCGAUGUGAGUACUGCCCCCCCCGCGCCCUCCGGCAACACCAACGCGCCCGCCGUCAUGCUCGGCGAGCGCGCCGCGCACUUCAUCAAGCAGCGCUGGCUGCCCGCCGCCGCGCCCGAUGUGAGUACUGCCCCCCCCGCGCCCGAUGUGAGUACUGCCCCCCCCGCGCCCUCCGGCAACACCAACGCGCCCGCCGUCAUGCUCGGCGAGCGCGCCGCGCACUUCAUCAAGCAGCGCUGGCUGCCCGCCGCCGCGCCCGAUCGCUGGCUGCCCGCCGCCGCGCCCGAUGUGAGUACUGCCCCCCCCGCGCCCGAUGUGAGUACUGCCCCCCCCGCGCCCUCCGGCAACACCAACGCGCCCGCCGUCAUGCUCGGCGAGCGCGCCGCGCACUUCAUCAAGCAGCGCUGGCUGCCCGCCGCCGCGCCCGAUGUGAGUACUGCCCCCCCCGCGCCCGAUGUGAGUACUGCCCCCCCCGCGCCCUCCGGCAACACCAACGCGCCCGCCGUCAUGCUCGGCGAGCGCGCCGCGCACUUCAUCAAGCAGCGCUGGCUGCCCGCCGCCGCGCCCGAUGUGAGUACUGCCCCCCCCGCGCCCGAUGUGAGUACUGCCCCCCCCGCGCCCGAUGUGAGUACUGCCCCCCCCGCGCCCGAUCGGCCCCAGCGCAGAGGGCGGCACCUCCAACGCGCUGACGCUGGGCGCCGCGCCGCAGUGGCGCCGCUGGCUGUGACGCGCCCGCCACAGGACGCGCCGCUCCGUGACACCAUCGCCCCGCUGCCCCCGACCACCGCACAGAUUGCAGCAUCACCCUUUCCCUCCAUACGUACCGUUCGAUAG